GUCCUCGGCUGCAUUAAAGCUGGAGCUGCUGCAGCUGCACACACAUCAAAGGCUCUCCUCCUCCUCCACCUCCACCUCCUCCUCCUCCUCCACCACCGCCUCCUCCUCACUGCAGCUCCCACCGACGGCAGGUCCUCUGGAUGGUGGAGCCAUUUCUUCGUUUUACGCACAGCGGGAUCGGUGUCCGGGGCUACAUAGCGGGACAUAGAGCGGACAUCAUUCCAGCCGUCCACGGUAAGGAACGGGCUGCUGGCGGACUGCUGCUCUGGUACUGUGUCUGUCGGCCGGAGGAGGACAUAUAAAGGAAAAUUCGAGCCGUGUGGAGAUGCUGCACUGAGGAGAAAACAGCUCAGGCUCCCCCGGUUGUGUUCAUCCUGAGGCUGCAGUGAACGGAGGGGGGAUUGCGCUACAGCAAGGUUAAUAAUCGGCAUCACUGAAGGUCUUCUCUGUGAGCGGGUGCCGACUCGGAAAAAGGGUGAACCUUGCCCCUGUGCGGGGGGAUCGGCGGAGAAAUAGAGUGAAAAAUUAUGGCCACCUUACUGCGGAAGAUCGGUCUCAUCCGCCUGCACGACCGAGACACCGAGGACCCAAAGCACCACCAGGGCUCGUUAAAGGGCACCAAAGGGAACCAGAAGAACAACACCAACAAACACUGUCAGACCGCCAACGAAACCAACAUCCUGAGCACCCCGGAGAUUAAGGCGAGGAAGCUGGACCAGUUGGGCAAGGACAAGCCGUCCGGCAAGGAUAAGCAGGGCAAGGAUGCGAAGGAGAAGCAGCAGACGGGAGGAGGAGGCGGGAGUAAAGCGACCAGUGCCUCCUCCAUACCACCGCUGGCGCCUCACCGGCAACACUGCACCCAGGUCCGGACGCGGCGGCUGAUGAAGGAGCUACAGGAGAUCAGGAGGUUAGGGGACAACUUCAUCACGGUGGAGCUGGUGGAGGACAACCUGUAUGACUGGAACGUCAAGCUGCACCAGGUGGACAAGGACUCGGCGCUGUGGCAGGACAUGAAGGAGACGAGUACCGAGUUCAUACUGCUCAACGUCACCUUUCCCGACAAUUUCCCCUUCUCGCCGCCGUUCAUGCGCGUCCUGACGCCCCGGUUGGAGAACGGCUACGUGCUGGACGGCGGGGCCAUAUGCAUGGAGCUGUUGACCCCCCGCGGAUGGUCCAGCGCCUACACGGUGGAGGCGGUCAUGAGGCAGUUUGCGGCCAGCCUCGUGAAAGGACAGGGGCGUAUAUGUAGGAAAUCAGGGAAGUCCAAGAAAGCUUUCAGCCGCAAGGAGGCCGAGGCCACCUUCAAGUCCCUGGUGAAGACUCACGAGAAGUACGGCUGGGUGUCUCCGCCCGUGUCCGACGGCUGAGCGCCCAGCCGCCGACCCUCCGACCCCUGCGCUAGCCGGACAAAAACCCAGCUAGCACUGACACGCAAAACGACACACCACGCUAACUCAACAAUCUCUCACCUUCACCUUUUGCUGAUUCACUUGAGGGUUUUUUUUGUUUUUUUGUUUGUUUUUUUGUUGGUUUUGUGUGUCCGUGUAAUUCAUUUUUUUCCUCAUCACCACCGAAACUCUCAGAGAGCAGACACGCCGGCUUCAUCGUCACUCCUCCGACAAGAAGCGUCUUUCGAUCCCCUCCCUCUCGCCCAGGGAGGUUCUUUCCCCUAUUUCGGAAAGACCUGAGAGGGAGGUGUGUGUGUGUGUGUGUGUGUAUUACUACGUGUGUGUAUAUUUGUCACUCCAUCGGACAUCGCCUGGGAGUGUGUGCGGGUGCAUCGGAGUGUGCGUUACUGUCGGUGGAUUUUUUUCUUUUCUUUUCCUGACGCACACCCAUGCACGUGCAGUGAGAUAAAUCGGACAGUGUGGACUUUUCCACCCACGUGAAAGACUACUGAAUGAAGGAGACUCAUCCCUCUCUCCUGUCAUCGCCACCCCCCCUCUCUUCUAUCUCCAGCCCCCUCGCUCCCUCCCUCUCCUCAGCACCGGACUGGCGUCACUUCCCACCGUCUCUCUCUGUAGCUGUCGGGUCAUUUACAUAUAAAUGAAGCUGUUAAUGUUUAAUAGACGGGCAGCGCACUGGCGUUUCUACUCGCUCGCUCACUCCUUCAUUUCCCCUUUCGUUCUUUUUUUUUUUCGACUGUGCCGUUGCUCACAGUUCAAUGCAACAUGAAGAUUGUAAUUUACAUGGAGCUGUGCUCUCUCUCUCUCUUUCUCUCGGUUUCUCUUUAUCUAUCCAUCUCCUUCUUUAGCUCGCUCGCACGCUCGCUCACUUUGUUUCUCUUUGUUUCUCUGCGUCUCUUGUGGCUAAAUUUAGAGCUCACCGUUGCGUAGAUGGAUAUCAAUUUCUAAUGGAGAGAUAAGAAGUCACAUGUUGCUUUAUGCAGAGACUAUGUAUGAUAAAUAGAAUGACAGUCAGUCACCUCUCUUUCUUUCUUUCUCUUUCUCUACUCUCAUGUUAUCGCGUGUGUGUGUGUGUGUGUGUGUGUGUGUGUGUGUGUGUGUGUAGGAGAAAAAGAAGACUGUAAUUCCCAUGAUUUAGAUACCAGAUGGUACAGCUGAAGGCCAGGCCUCAGCACGUGUGUGUGUGUGUGUGUGUGUGUGUGUGUGUGUGUAUUUGUGUGUGUGAGCAAGGGAGACGACCCUUUAAACAGAGAAUAUGAUUUACUGUGAAUGACACUAAGGCCUAAAGGGAGUGCUAUUUUUUUUUUUUUCGUUAAAUGACUCGUCUUGUUCCACUUUCUGUGUCAGCUCCUGAUUGUUACUACUGUAAACACGUGUGUGGUUGUGACUGAAUAUCUACGUGCACAUAGCCUCGUCUGUCUCUCUUCGACCCGUGAAAAGAAAAGUCAGUAGAAUUUACGCUUCGGACGUUAAGCUGUGCUCCACACACACACACACACACACAUACACAAGAGCUCGUCCACGCGGCACACACACUCGUGCGUACACCUGCGGCCUUGACGUCGGCGAUAGAAGCCAGGAAUGAAGACCGACAGGGGCCCGGGCACCGCCGUAUACGGAGAGGUGCUUUAAAUGAGCCUGCGUCUCGGAGAGUGAUGUCUGCUGAAUGAGAUCGGGAGAGGAGGGGAUUGUGGGAGCUUUGAUCAGUAGCGGCUGCUCCCUGGAAAUGUCAGGUGGAUCGCGAAAUAGACGAAGACAGAUAUUAUUUGCUCUACCUGUCGUGAUUACCUAAGAGACACACGGUUCCAACCUUUAAAAAGACUUUAUAAAUAUCUUAUAUUAACUCUUCGUCAGUCUCAAUCAAUCGGGCACCGGCUAGCUACAGACUAUCUGUCCGAGCAGUCCAGCGCGCUCCUCAUGUGUUUGUUUUGCUAUCUGCCAGUUAAAUGUCAGAGGAGAAGCUGCUAAUUGGUCUGACAUUUCAGCCGAGCUUCAUUAGAGAGGAGCAGCUGAGAGCAGAAGGAUGGAGGACGUCAAACCUCCCGCUCCGCGCUGACAUUUUGUCAUUUUCCGCUCCUGGCCUGUUGUUUUCGCGGGGAGGCGGGAGGCGGAAAGUGGGUUAGGUGAGGAGAGGCCAGGGGUGUGGGAGCACCUCGACGCCAGUCAGCUCUCAGCGGGCUCGGGCGUAAUCCCGGGGCAGGGCAUAAACCUCUGAGAUGAAGCCACGCUGCCAGCAUGCCGAGACGGGACCGGGCUGCGUUCCAAAGCCCCGCCGCGUUGCGUUUGUGGUCGAUAACAUGUCCGUCCGUGCGCGAGUGCAUGUGUGAGCCAUUAUGUGUGUUACACUCCCAUUAUUAAAAAAAAAAAAAAAAAAAAAAAAAAUAGGCAAAAGAGUGGAAAAAAAAACACACCAUCUGGUAUGUGAUCAUGUACGAGAGCGUGUUAGUCCUCUUUGAAUUUGGCUAGUCAGUUCAGGGUCGAUCGUAUACUGAUCUCUUCAGCGGAGAGAACUGUAACCUGAAUUAUUAUUAAGACAAAAUAGCUCAAAAGCUGAGUGUUUGCUGGUUUCAAGAGAAUAAUUUUGUGAUAUAGUUUAGAUUGGUAGUUUGCAGACACUAACUGGGUGAACUGAUUAUGUUGUAUUAUAUCUGCAUGUGAUAUGUGAUUGGUAGCUAGCUACUGUAUAUCUUUUUUCAAGAAAAGCAAGAAAAAAAAAACCUGGGGGAAAAACAAAAAUGCAAAUGCUUCUCUUUACUUGUUCUUUUUGUUUUCUCUUUUUUGGGUUCUGUAUUGUAUGUAUAUUUCUUUUUUUUUUCUUUUCUUUCUAAGCGUCCUAAAACUGUCACAUUGUGUUAUAUGAAUGUUUGUGUUUUAAUUUAUUUGUGGUUUGCCAAAAUGAAGAUUUGAAGCAUGUUGCAGGUAUUGUCACAAGAAAACGAGAAGAAAAAAAAAAAAACUUACUAAGAAUGAUAGCCUAUGUAUUUGUGUGAUGGGGGAAGGUGUGUUUAUUUGGGGGGAUUUCAGGGAGUAAAGAAGGACAAGAAGGUUGCAAAGCCUCAAGAUUAUAUAGGGAGUAUUUCCUUCAUUGGGAGUGCAUCAAAGAGGAAUCAAGAAAAUUCCUACGCUCCCUUGAAUACUUCCUAGUCCCCUCCAUGAUGUCACUACUGUCCCUUCCCCAUUGGUCCUGCUCUAGAUUUGGCUUAUGGGCAACGCAGUCAACACAAAGAUCUGGACUGGAGGUUCCCCCCAGUCACAGAUCUGGGAUCAGUAUGACCUCCCUGUUCUUCAAAUCUCACGCGUAAAGGGAAUGUGCACAUCUGACCUGUGAUCAGUUACUCUGGGUAACUUCAACCCAACUCCCGACUUGAGUGUUUGGUCCAGACCGAGGUCUUAAAAGUCUAAAAGGUGAAAGGUCAUUGCAAGACCAAACAGGAAUGUGCAAUAAAAGUUACAGCUUAUUCAAACUCU